GCUGCCGCUGCUGCUGCUGCUGCUGGAGCAGGAACAGGCUCCAUUGAACAUUGGCGUAUGACGGUUAUGGAAGCUGAAGACUUGAAUAGUACAGGUACUCCUCCUUCCAGUGGAUCAUUCACAGCACCCUUGACUGAAGAGGACGAUGAAGAUGACAGUGAUGACUUAGUAGAAGAACCCGUCGUAAGAGCACCUCCUCGUACUCCCACUCCCAUGAUGCCAGCAACCGGAGGCCGUGAUAGAAGAUCCACGCUUGGUGAAAUGGACAUGUUUUAUUUCCAACAACAACAACAACAAAUGGCCUACAACAUGCAAAUCCAACAAGCCAUGCAAAUGCAACAAGCUCAACAAUAUGCUCAAAUUCAACAAUAUCAAGCCAUGCAACAAUAUCAAAGUAUGUCUGCUGCCGACAAUAAUACCCGUAAAAAUAAUAACCGCAAAAGUGUGUCUGCCAUGGAUCUCAUGAUUCAAUUAGAACAAGAAAAAGCAGCAUCACGUAAAACUUAUAAAAAGAAAGUACCAGAUCCAUCCAAGGCCAAUUUAGCUGACGGUUUAUUGGGUAAAGUACCUGAUCCAGGUCAAUACAACUAUAACUUUCAACAACAGCUCCAUCAACAACAAAUGAAGGCAAACCGAAAGCAAAUGUCAAGAGCCAGUAAAAGUGACUAUAAUAUCCAACAACAACAAAGAUCAAGUAGACCUCCCAGUACCAUCAUGAUGUAUGAUAAUAAUAGCAGCAGCAGAAUGAUGAGAUCUCCCAUGAGUCGCAGCGAAAGCUCCCCUAUACCUCAAAUAAGUAUGUCCACUCCGCUUCAAAAUCCUCAAUACCUGAUACCUCCUCAAAUGAUGAUGCAGCAACAACAACAGCAGCAGCAACAACAGCAAUUGAUGAUGCCUCCAAACAUGAGUACAAGCAGAUCAUCACAGUAUAUAUCUAAAUCAAACAAUAGACUUAGCACUUUCUCUGGUUAUAAUUUUUAACUUUUUCAACCUAAAAUAUUAAUAAAAAAUCUUUACUGCUAAA